CCCAGCAGUGCCACCCGCAAGUUCCGCCCACCUGUGCCCAGCAGUGCGCCCGCUAGCUCCGCCCCACCUGUGCCCAGCAGAUCACCCACCUGUGCCCAGCAGUGCACCCACCUAAGUGCCACCCACCUGUGCCCGCCCACCAGUGCCACCCACCUGUGCCCACCCACCAGUGCUGCCCACCAGUGCCACCCACCAGUGCAGCCCAGCAGUGCUGCCAGUCAGUGCCACCAGUCAGUGCCCAGGGGUUGUGCCAGUCAGUGCCGCCAGUCAGUGCCCAGCAGUGAUGACAGUCAGUGCCGUCUAUCAGUACCCAUCAUCAGUGCCGCCUAUCAGUGCCGCUUAUCAGUG